UCUUCAAUUCUUCCAACCUCAGGUCUCUUCCUUAUAUCUUUUCCCUUCACCCAUGCACAGUGAUAUGGAGCAAACAAGGUAUUGGAUGUGGACUAGAAGGAAAUCGGGUGAGAGAACCCUUUUCGGCUCCCCACUCCACCAAAUCUCCACCAGCUCCUCCUACAAUGACUCAUGGGAAGAGCAAGCCUUUGCCGAGGACUCUGCAGGCCACUUGGGUGGUUGCGUCUGGCCUCCGAGAUCCUAUUCGUGCAGCUUUUGUCGACGGGAAUUCCGAUCAGCCCAAGCACUUGGUGGUCACAUGAACGUGCAUCGAAGGGACAGAGCGAGGCUCAGACAGUCUUCAAGCCCCGCAAGAGAAAGCCAUGACGGUGAUCAGCAACAUCACCGCAGUCCUUGCACGCCACCAGGCACAUUGCACCUGGGCCGCGUUGGUUCUCCGGUAUGCAACAGCAAUUCUAACCCUAGUUGUGAUGUUAUGGCAUCAAUUCUCUCUCCUAGGUUAUCAGCAGCAUCCACCGGAGGAAACAGCAAAAGCUCGAUGGUUUCUCCUGCCCAUUCUGCGACCACUAUUCACGAGAACCCAAUGAAAUCCCUUUUCACUGCUGCUGCUCGAUCCUUUGCAGAUCCAACAAACGUUCGACAACUUACUUUGCCAGAACUUGAACUGGGAAGAGAGAAUUUGAAGCUGAGGGAAGUAGGUUUUCGGAUGUCGAGAAAUCCGGGCGAUGAGGAGGAGACCAUCACUAGUAGCAAAAGACGGCGGACUGAUCCUUUGUUUCCUUUUUGCAAAGGACCCACUCCGAUCGACCAACAAAAACUCCAUUCUGAGGUACUCAGUCCUUUCCCUGAUGAAGAAUUAGAUCUUGAGCUUCGGCUCGGGCAUCGUCCUAAAGAUAAAUAGAAUUGCGAAUCUGUCGUGCUUGGGUAUUUGUUUGUAUCCUUGGUUUCUUCUUUCCUUUUCUACUUCUCAACUUUUGGCCAAAGGCCUUUCUCAUCUUCAGAUUGAAUGGUUGCAUCUUUAAAUUUCUCUGUGGUCAGAGAUUGUAAGAAUAACACUACUGGUGCAUAUAUUAGAAUGCAAUUUCAAUUUUAUGAACAAA